CAGCAGAGGGUGAAGAGAGAUGGAGUUCAAAUGAAGCAGCGAAAUACAAAGAGUCAGUGGACUGCCAUGGGUUUCUAUUGUUUCUGCGGAAGUGGAGAGAAUGAAUCCUUUAAUCGAGGUGCCACCGCGUCAUUAGAGCCAGCGGACGGAUGUACACAAGUCUCGCCCAAGGAGCCCCAAAGGCAACAAGAUUAUGAAGAUUUGAUAUAUCUGCUGGGAGGCAAAACACGGUGGCUACAUAUCGAAAGACAGGAUUAGUUGGCCUUUCAUUUCAUCUCCUUUCGGCCUGGCCUCGACCAUGAGGCUAGAGCACGGGCGGCGGGCUUCUCUGGCGCUCACCCUCAACUUCGUGGCGUUUGCUUUUGCCUUAUCAGCGGUGACCACCAGCUACUGGUGCGAGGGGACCAGGAAGGUGGCCAAACCCUUCUGCACAGGGCCGCCGAUGAAAGUGAAGCAGUGGUUCUGCAUCCGCUUCAACAGCACCAACAUCAACGACACUCGGCUGGUGCAGUACAUCUUCGAGACGGGGGAGGAGAAGUUCCUGCUGAGGAAGUUCCAUGCAGGCAUAUUUUUCUCCUGCGAGCAGGCCGCCGACAUGAACGGGUUUGACUGUCGGGACUUCGCGGAGAUCGCACCAGAACAUGAAAGAGGGGUCUUGUGGUUGUGUAUCGUGGCUGAGACUCUGUACCUCACCCUGCUCUUCACAGGGGGCGCUCUGAUGACUCUGGAGCAGUGCCCCUGCUUCAGCAUCAUGAACAAACUGAAGCUCAGUGCCUUUGCCGCUUUGUGCACCGCCCUGUCAGGCCUUUGUGGGAUGGUGGCCCACAUGAUGUUUACCACUAUAUUCCAGCUGGCUGUCGCUAUGGGGCCAGAGGACUGGAGGCCCAAGACCUGGGACUACAGCUGGUCUUAUGUCUUAGCGUGGGGCUCUUUCGGCACCUGCAUGGGCUCUGCAGUGACAGCGCUGAACAGGUACACGAAGACCAUCGUAGAGUUUAAAUACAAGCGGCGGAACAUCGAGAAGAGCAUGAUGAUCAAGCAGAAGAUGAUGGAGCUCGACUUCCCCGAGCAGAUGUGGGACAUGUAUCUGACUGCUGUGCCCGCUGACACAGAGGUACCGCUACAACUGCCAAUCAACGGCCUAAAGCCCCCUACAGGAACAACGUGUGUGAUGGAAAUGGACAGUGUACCGGUGCAGCAAGGAGAAGCAUAUUGCUGAGAAUCGAUUAACUCAGUCCCUGCGCCUCACUGGAAAAGGGCUGAUUUUCUGGACAAAGCAUCUCUAAUGUUUGUUUGGUUCCUCGCCACACAUCAAAUGUGUUACUGGGAAACCAAAGCCAGAAUCUUUUUUCUGACAGAAGCCUACUGUCCAUGCUCUGGGUAGAUUUUGUCAGUAUUUGUGCACGUUUUCCGAAACCCUCCAAGUAUGAAAUGGACCAGUACAACCUGAAAUCAUGAGGGAAAGUGUAGCCAAUAUAGAGAUAACCAUAGGACAUUAGACAAACAGUAACGUUUAAAGUCUUUCUUAAGAGGUAAAUUAUCACAACCUCCUCCACUCCACUGUCUACAUGUAUGUUGUUAUCAGAAACCCUCAACUCCAUGCGGCAUGCCCUCUAGUGGAUGCAUUGCUUUUCAAUAGUAAAGGCAGCAUAAAUGAGCCUUAAAGGGAUAGUUCACCGAAAAACUUAAA